AAAAAUUUGAAAAAUUGUUGACGGUAAGAGUGAUAAUGUUUUUCCUUGUUUCCAAGCGCGGAAUUUUUCUGAUCUCAACCCUUAAACCCUACCAGCCAACCUAUCCAUCACUGACCUAAAACUGGUCUUUGGCAGGAAACUCGCCUUCCGGAUUUGAACGCUAAAGUGCACUUACAGUUAAAUUCUCAUGCAAUUCAAUCUUCACACGAGUUGUAAACAUCACCAUUUUUUAUCACCGAGGAAAUCACAAGAAACUCACAGUACAAUCCAAAAAUGGACAACCAAAAUCCCCGUACAUCCUUCCGGGAAAAAUCUGAAGGUCACAAAUACUUUGAGAACCUCAAUCAACUACGAGCAUGAAGCCAAUCCGGCACAUCUCCCUGUCGUGAUUAGGAGGUCUGGUAGGGUUUCUAGGUACUUCUGGAAUGGAAAUUGCUUGGAAUUGGUCGGUGUUGAUGGUGACACCUCGUCCUUUUCGUUGGAUCUUAGUGACGAUUGUUUUCGAGAACUGUUUAGGAUGUCCCGUUCAGUUGUUAGGGACUUCUUUAUCCCCAAACAAGUGAAUGAUAAUUACGUGAAUUAUGUGAAAUGGAAGUUCUUGCAUCGUGUUUUUAGCUCCGCGUUGCAGGUUAUUGCUACUCAGGCAAUGUUUCGGGCCAUAGGAAUUGGGUACUCUCGGUCACUGCCAUCUGCUGCUGCUCUUAACUGGGUCUUGAAAGAUGGAGUGGGGAGGCUAAGUAGGUGCAUCUACACGGCUACUCUGGCAUCUGCUUUUGAUACCAAUUUGAAGAGAGUUAGGUUCUCAACAUCGGUUCUCUUCAGUUUGAGCAUUGGAGUUGAGCUGCUGACUCCUAAGUUUCCACAGUACUUCUUGCUUCUGGCGUCCAUAGCGAACAUUGCAAAACAAAUAAGCCUGGCUUGCUAUUUAGCAACUAGUUCCUCCAUCAACCGAAGCUUUGCAGUAGCAGAUAACCUUGGUGAAGUUUCUGCCAAGGCACAGAUUCAAUCAGUCUGCUUUGACAAUCUUGGUCUCGUUCUUGCUGCAGUCCUUAAUAUGUUGUUCAAGAAGAAUCAAAGAUUGCUAGCAGGUUUGCCUUUCAUUGUCUACCCCUUAUUUGCUGCCAUUGAUCUUUUCGGAAUAUAUCAAGGGCUUAAGCAUGUUCAUUUGCAAACAUUCACCAAGGUAAGUUAUUGUUUCUCUUCUUUUAGUGGUAAAAGAAAUAUUAUUGGGAAGAGGAGAAAAAAGUACAAUGGAGGAAAAGAAAUACUCCUAAAACAACAAAAAGAAUGGAAACAAAAGAGAAACACAAAAGCAACAUUGUGACCUAGGCCUUUUGCAAAAUAGCCAAAGAAAUAUCCCUAGAGAAACCAUGACCCUUUGCCCACAAAGAAACAAAAAGAGAAAAGAAAUCUCUCACAUGGUAAGGAGGGAUAAGCACAAUGAUCCUCUAAUAUGACACUCCAACCACAUUGCACGUGAACCAACAGAGAUAUAUUCUCCACAAAGCACCCAAUUUUCAUUAUUUUGCUUGUCUUAUGGAACAUAGAAUGGAAAACUCAAGGUAAGGGUCCACAUGAAUCUUUGAAGGACCUCUGAGACUGAAGCCUCCAACCCACCUCACAAUGCUAAGGAGGCUAUGGGACUUUAUCAUCAUGAGACACAUAAAUAAGUAGAUAUGGGGAAAGGGGACAGGUCUACAAACUUGCAACUGGCAUCGGUACUCAGCCACACUUUCAGUUUCCCUCAAUUUGUGCAACUCCCCAAUCAAUUACUCCCUACUGGAAGCCCAUAAUGCAGUUGGUAGAACUGCUUAAAUUUUGGCAAAGACAAGAGGCUGGUCAAGCUCCAAUUUGAGGAACCACAAGUGUGCUUCGAAUUGCAGAUGGAAGGAGGCCACGGACACUUUUUCCUUGUCAGCGGUUAACUGGUGGCGGAAGAAGUGUUCAUAUCUGCCCAACCAGGGUAGAGAUUGCCAGAACCAUUCAAAGGGGGAAAGUUCAGUUUGCUGUAACGAGGUAGAAAGGGGUGCUUAGCAUGCUGCUCAUGGUUCAUGGCUACUGCAGGUUCACAUUAGGUGCGGAGGUGCGUGUGCAGGCUGGCGCAGUGCUCAGGGAGAGGUUUGCUUGUGUUGGAUAUUUUCUUCCUUGUGCAGGUCGUGUGCCCUUGUGCGGCGCAACUGCUGGUGCUCCAUCUUGCUGCUUCCUCCAUCGGAGUCUGUCUAGGCAGUUUUGGCAAAUAAUUCCUCCAAUCUUCCUGCUAAAAUUUAAAGUUUGAGUUACCUACAUAUCUAUCUUCUUUAGAAGCCUGAACGAAUUUCUCAAACGUAAAAUGCAAUUUCUUCAUAUGAUUGGCUCUGAUACAAAUUUUGUAGGGUCCCUACUGACGGAUCUCGUUAUGGGACGGUGAACAAUGAAAUCAGUAAGAAGAGAAACAUUCUUUUUGGUUUUUUUCCUUUACCUGUUCUUAGAUUAAAAUUAAUAGCUCAUUUGAGAGAGAAUCCUACAAUCUCUAAAGUAAGGAAGUAUUCUACUUGAAAUAAUUCUUCAUACAAAAUCCGUCCUUGAAGAAGACAGACCGUUUUAACAUCACAGAAGCAGUUAAUUCUUGAAAUAAUUUUCUAUCAUUGCUAUUCUGCUCCCCUUUCCUUAAAAAAGCUCAAUCUUCCAUAUUACAAUAUCUCCUACAACUACUCACAUGCAAUGCAUGAUUUUGACGCUUACAUACUCACAUAUAACCUACAUAAUUAGUACGCUACUAUUUUAUUUUUUGUUUUUUCUUUGAUACACCCUUGCGAAAGGAACUAUUUGUAAUGAAGUUUACAUACAUGAGGAAUCCGAGGUACAGAUUCUGCUAUCAGAUUGUGGAGAAACAAUAAAAGGGGCUCAAGUAUUCGUUUUUUUUUUUGGAUAAGAAGAAAAUUUAUCUAGAUAGACAAAAAUUGGAGGAUAAGACAUCCUCCUAAGCAUUACAAGGCUCAAGGAUAUUAAUUAAAUAAACCAUAUAAUCAGAUUUUUGAUCAUUAAGAUUCUUGAAGAAAAAGAAAUUCCAAGAGAGAUAUGUCCAUCAAAAUGAUUGAGAAGUGACAGAUGGUAUCUUUAUGACUCAAAGAAAUCCUAUGGAGGGAAGGGAAAAGAUUAGCAAGAUGAAGAUUGCCAACCAAGAGAUUUUACUAAAGCAAAAUAUUGGAUGUAUCAUAACCAACUUCAAAUGAGUAAGAGAAAUAAAAAGAUCAGAGUUGCAAAAUGGCUCUCUAGUGGCUCUGUUGAAUAUAAUAUUUUAUUAUUUUAGUUUACUAUUUAAUUAGUUGGUAUUAUAUAAUUAAAAUUUUACUAGAAUAGUAAUCUCAUGUAAUUAGAAUUUUAGUAAAAUAAUUAUUUCUUAAUUAAUAUGUUAAAAAUUGUAUAAAUACCUUAAGUAUGACAAUUUAAAGGGUGAGAAUAAAAUUAUUAUUUUUUCUCCAAAAUUUACAUGAUAUCAAAGUAGCAUAAGAGUAUUUUGGGUUUUACAUUUAGGGUUUCUGUCAAACCCUAGAACAACAAAAAGAAUCUGAGUAGAAAGAGAGGCAGAUCAGGGGAGGAGAGGAAAGAUCAGAAGAAGGGAGAAAACAGUUGGUUCCUUUCUCCACUGCGCGCAGAGUCGCGCAAAGAGUAACUAGUUUCUUCCUUCACUGCGCGCAGAGCCGCGCAACUCAGUUCCUUUUUCCACCGUGCACAGAGAAGCGAAGAAGCUUCGGUUUUCUUCUUCUUCAGUCGUGCGCAGAGCUGCGCGACCUAGUUCAUUCUUCCACCACACGUAGAGACGCACGAAGAGCCCUCGGUUUCUUUCUUCUUCAGCUACAUGCAAAGCCAUGCGACCACCUCCGGUUCCUUCUUCCCCUGCACGCAGAGACGCGCGAAGAUACAAUCGUCCCAGCUUUUUCUUCCGCCACGCGCAGAGAUACGCAAAUAGUUGCACGAUCCAGUUUCACUUCCGCCGCGCGCAGAGCCACACAUGGAAGCUUUUCUGGCCGCGAUCUGCUUCUUUUUCUUGCCAUCGUGUACUGCAGGUCUCCCUGAGCCGAGGAAGUCGUUGAGCUGUGCCUAGGAAACCGUUGAGCCGAGCAGAUUUUAGCCUGAGCCGAGCCACUAUACCAAGUCGAGCCGAUUUUUAGUCCGAGCCAAACCAUUUUUGAGUUGAGCCGUUUUUUAGCUGAGCCAUUUUUGAGCCGAGCCGUUUUUUAGCCAAAUCGAGUCAAGUAGAGUUGUUUUUGAGCCGAGGCGAGUCGAGUUGUUUUUGAGCUGAGCCGAGCUGGACAGCCAGAAAGAUUUGAUUUCAGUAUUUUUCUAUCUUUUUUUGGCUAUUUUGGUGCAGAUUAAAAGGUUUGCUUUCCAUUAUUGGAUAUUUUCUUCUUAUGUUUAGCACUCUAAAAUGACAAAAGUAAAAAAAGUGAUGGUUUUUUAUUCGGAUAACAUCUCAUAAUAAAUCAGUUCUAUAAAACUUGAUGGAAUUAAUUAUUUUGCUUGGUCAAGAUUUUAUUUAUUAUUUAUCAAAGUUAGAGGAUUACAGGGAUACAUUAUAGGUGAUAUGAAGAAACUAGAUGUAGGUGAUUUAGAAUAUAAUAGAUGGGACUCUGAAAAUUCUUUGGUAAUGUCUUGCCUAAUCAAUUCUAUGCAACCCAAUAUUGCACGAACAUAUUUAUUAUUCGAUAUUUCACUAAAAAUACGGAAUGCAACAUCUUAUACAUAUUUACAAGUGAAUAAUGAUGCUCAAAUUUAUAAAUUGCGAAAUAAAGUUUAUAGCACAAAGUAAGGAGAGAUGACUAUUUCAUAAUAUUUUUUUGAACUGAGUGAAUUAUGACAGAAAUUAGAUUACUAUCAAAAUUUUCAGGCAGAUUGUGCUGUAAAUACAGUCAAAUUUCAAAAAUUAAUAGAAAAAGAGCGAAUUUAUGAUUUCUUAGUUGGUUUGAAUACCGAAUAUGAUCAAAUACGGGUUCAGGUGCUUGGUAAGGAUCAUUUUCCUUCAUUAGAAUAAAUUUAUGCUUAUGUCCAGUAAAAAAAAAGUAGAAAGAAUGUCAUGUUUUACAUAGCACCAAUUGAGAAAGCUGAAUUAGUUAUUCAAUCUGAACAAUCCAAAGAUCUACGGAGGUAUGACUAUUGUGGCAAGCUAAAACACACUAGAGAAACUUGCACGGAAAGCCAACUAAAGGUCAUGAGGGAAA